CUUGAAGAAACAGCUUUAAAUGAAAUUGAUCAACUUAUUAGAAGUUUGGAUGAACCAAUUAAUAAUUCAAUUUUUAUUCUAGAAAAAGAAUUAGAUAAACAGAAUUCACUUGAAAAACUUAACGAUAUUUUGGAAAAACUUCCUACUCAUGCCAAGUCAAGAGAAAAUCAGAUCAAAAUUCUUGAAGCUUACUAUUAUUUGGGAACCCUUAUUCAAGAAAAUGAAGCUAACCAGAAACAGAUUAAAGAGCGAAUACAGGAAACCAAUAGUGCUCACAAAGCUCGAGACAUUUAG